UCAGGCGGUCAAUUUCUGCCACAGUCCUCACUCACUCGCGCACUCACUCACUUGACUCAGUAGUCGGUACUUUCAAUUACAUACCUCCAGUCCCGUCCAUUGCCUCUUUCUCAUCACCGACAUGGACGACGACCUUUUUGACGACGUGUUGCAUGUCGAAAGCCGAUUUCACCAGGAAGGCUACCAAGAGGGUUUGCGCGACGGCGCAAAGCAUGGCCUAGCUGAGGGCCGCGCAUUCGGGUUGCAAAAGGGCUUUGAAAGGUGGUUGGAGAGCGGGAAGCUGGCAGGGAAAUCUAUCGUAUGGGCCAACCGCCUGCCAACCGCGACGCAAAGCUCGGAGGCGGACUCAUCAGGGCCCAAGCUUCCGUCGCUGCCGAACAAUGCCCGGCUUGACAAGAAUAUUCACACACUAUACUCCCUGGUGGACCCAAAGACCCUGUCGAUAGACAACUCAGACGCAGCGGUCCAAGACUUUGAUGAGCGGCUAAAGAAAGCGCAAGGAAAGGAACGUAUUGUCAGUCGCGUCGUUCAUGGCCCGACGAAGGACGGACAAAGGGCCGGCUCCGUCACUUGAUAACUCAGUCACGAUUGUGUAUAAAACAAAAGGGAUCGAUUGCCGAUAAGCUCUAUGCCUCCGUUGUCUGCUUAUGUACAUAUUCAACGCCGCCUUACUUGAAGAUGCGGCAGGGGUAACUAGGUAGCGUUAGCCAUCGUUCACGUCGUUUCCACACAUUG